AAAAGAUACUUACAAAGACAACAAACAAUCUUUCCAGAAUAUUAUCAAACAAUAGGUCAAUUAACUAAACAAAGUAGAUAUUGAGUUAGCCAAAAAGUUCCUUUGGAGUUUUCCAUGUUAUGGAAAACUUGAAUGAACUUUUUGGCCAACCUAAUAUUAUAUGUCUAAGUACACUGGACACCCAGUAAGUGGACUUCCUCACUGAUUUAUAGACAAAACCCACAACUACCACUGUGGGUAGGUGCUGAUAUAAGAAAGAUAGCAAAACUUUUUAAACUGAUCACUUCCUUCAGCUGAUCUUGCCUCAUAGAAGUUGGAGUUUUUCCUUUUAUAUGAGUAAAAGGAAGAAUUCUUCUGUUUGCAAUGGAGAGUCAGCUGGUAUAUGCUGAUUUAAACUUACCCAGGGAUUCUGGCAUUGAAAGGUCAUCACCCCCAUCUCUUCUUCAGAAUCUUUGUCAGGGUCCACGUUGGCAUAAGUUUCCCCUGAAAUUUGCUUGUGCUGUGAUUAUACUUCUUGCCUUGACUGUAACUGGGUUGAGUGUUUCAGUGAUAUUCAUAAGACAAAACACAUCAAUAAAAAAAACCAGCGUGGAUGCUCAAGAGAACAGGAAGGAAGCAACAGAGAGACCAGUUAUGUUAACGUGUCCAAUGCACUGGCAACAAAUCCCAGAUAAAUGCUUAUAUUUUAGUGAAACUUCCAAACCUUGGAACGAUAGUCUAGCUGACUGUUCCACAAGAGAAUCCAGUCUGCUGCUUAUUCAAGAUCAGGAAGAAUUGAGACUCAUGCAAAACCUAAUAAACAAAGAAGGAAUUCUGUUUUGGAUUGGAUUAAAGUUUACAUUAUCAGAGAAGAGCUGGAAGUGGAUAAAUGGUUCCUUUUUAAAUUCUAAUAUAUUACCUAUUUUUGGUGAUGCUAAAGAAGACUGCUGUGUUUACAUAUCAAAGACACAAUGUAUUUCUGAUUACUGUGCUGCAAAAAAUAGAUGGAUCUGCCAAAAAGAACUAAAACCUGUCAGAAACAAAGGAAUAUAUUCUUCCAAUUGACUAGACAUCCCCUUCCAUCUCUUUAAUUUCCAUUUCAGAUCUCUGUCAUUUUAACUGUAUAUAUUGUCAUAGUGGCUCCAUGCGCAUUUUGUGGUACAAAGUGAAUACACACUGAGAAUUCUAAUUUUUGUGAAUUUUACAAAAGUUCAUGUCUAACCUCCUCAUUAAAUAACUGAGAAAACAUAUACCUAAAGAAAAGAUGUCUCAGGGCAUGUGCUCAGGAGUCAGAUAGGUGGAUCAUAUGGUAGUUCUAUUUUUCAGUUUUUUAAGGAACUGCCAUACCAUUCUCCAUAGUGGCUGUAUCAAUUUACAUUCCCACCAGUAGUGCAGGAGGGUUCCCUCUCCUCCACACGCUCUCCAGCUUUUCCUGUUUGUAGAUUUUGUUCAUGAUGGUCAUUCUGAUGGAUGUGUUAGUUUUGACAUAAAUACACAACCAUAUGUAAAAUGAAUAGCUAGUGGGAAGCAGCUAUAUAGUACAGAGAACUGAGCUCGGUGCUCUGUGAUGACCUAGAAGAGUCUGAUGGGGAGGGGGACAGGAAGGAGGCCCAGGAGGG